GAGGCAGGAGAGCAAGCUACCUGACUUCACCCUGCUUUUGGGGUGAGUCGAACUUCUUCCACUGGAGAGAGAAUCAAAGACUGGGAGACUCAGCCUCCAUCAUGUGGAACUCCUCUGAGGCCAACUUCUCCUGCUACCAUGAGUCCGUGCUGGGCUAUCGAUACAUUGCAGUUAGCUGGGGGGUGGUGGUGACUGUGACCGGCACUGUGGGCAAUGUGCUCACCCUGCUGGCCUUGGCCAUCCAGCCCAAACUCUGGACCCGCUUCAACCUGCUCAUCGCCAACCUCACCCUGGCAGACCUGCUCUACUGCACCCUCCUCCAGCCCUUCUCUGUGGACACCUACCUCCAUCUGCGCUGGCGCAGCGGCGUCACCUUCUGUAGGAUUUUUGGACUCCUCCUUUUUACUUCCAACUCUGUCUCCAUCCUCACCCUCUGCCUCAUUGCACUGGGACGCUACCUCCUGAUUGCCCACCCUAAGUUCUUUCCCCAAGUUUUCAGCACCAAGGGGAUCGUGCUGGCCCUGGUGGGCACCUGGAUCGUGGGUGUGGCCAGCUUUGCGCCCCUCUGGCCCGUGUACGUCCUGGUACCUGUCGUCUGUACCUGCAGCUUUGACCGCAUCCGAGGCCGGCCUUACACCACCAUCCUCAUGGGCAUCUACUUUGUGCUGGGGCUCAGCAGCGUGGGCAUCUUCUACUGCCUCAUCCACCGCCAGGUGAAGCGUGCAGCCCAGGCGCUCACCCGGUAUAAGCUGCAGCAGGAGAGCAUCCGAGGCACCCACGUGGCAGGGACCAGCGAAGCCACUCCUGGUCGCUUCCAGGAGCCCGACAGCGGGCUGGCAUCAAGAGAGUUCAGUGAGGGGAUCUCAUCUGAGCCAGUCAGUGCUGCCACUACCCAGACCCUGGAAGGGGGCUCAUUGGAAGUGGGGGACCAGGACAACAGCAAGGUAGCUAAGCAUUUGGCAGAGAAAAACCCUCCAGAAGUUUCUUGCAAGGCCAAGCCAGCUAAAGGAGACCCAAGAGCUCAGGACUCUCCAUCAGAGUAUGGGAAGGUGACCCGGAUGUGUUUUGCCGUUUUCCUCUGCUUUGCCCUGAGCUACAUCCCUUUCUUGCUGCUCAACAUCCUGGAUGCCAGGGUCCGGGCUCCCCGGGUGGUCCACAUGCUGGCUGCCAACCUCACCUGGCUCAAUGGCUGCAUCAACCCAGUGCUCUAUGCAGCCAUGAACCGCCAGUUCCGCCAAGCAUAUGGCUCCCUCUUAAAACGAGGACCCCAAAGUUUCCGUCGGCUCCAUUAGAAAUGGGUCUCCAGCAACCAGAAUCCCAAACUGUCUCCUCUAGAACCUAAGUGGCCAGCCGAAAUGAGACAAGUGACAGUCAGACCUGUGGGCAUUUCACAGACAACCUCUCUAUCCCCCAAACCACAUUUCUCCAUCUCUUGAUCAAUGAUUUGGCCCCAGGCUGCCCAAGGAGCACUAUUCAUUAUUAACAGAUGAAUUACAUGUUUUGUUUUCUUUCGUGGUACUGGGGAUUCAAUCCAGAGGCGAUCUACCACCGAACUACCCCUUUUAUGUUUUAUCUUGAGACAGGGUCACGCUCAGUUGCUGAGGUUGGCCUCGGACUUGGGAUCUUCCUGCCUCGUCUCCCAUAUUGGCAGGGUGACAGGCGUGCACCACCAUGCUUGGCUAAAUUACAUGCUUUUAACGCUCAGCUAUAGUCUCUGGGGAAAAAGGAGAUAGGCCAGGGUUGGAGCUGGAACCUAAUAAGUAAGAAUUUUGGGACCUAUGUCAGAGCAAGGGUAGAAAGCACCUGGCCAGGGACAGACCCUUCAGCUGAGGGGUUGGCCAGUUAUAAAACACGUGAGGUGGUUUUGAAGGAUUAGCUUGAGGGGCUGGGGCUGGGGCUCAGUGGUAGAGGGCUUGCCUAGCACCUGUGAGGCAGUGGGCUUGAUUUAUUUUAUUUCAUAAAAAUAAAUACAUAAAAUGAAAGGUUAAAUUUUUUAAAAAAAGGAUUAGCUUGUCCUUUUGCUUAACUUCCCAGAAAUGACCUCUGCCCCUAAGGACUACUGCCAGUAUCCCCCAUCUCCACAAACAGGGUUAUUCGGCUCAAAAAAGUUUGGUGAUCCGGCUUUAACACCGACUCCAGUGAACCCAGUCACCCAGCCCUUGCCCAGUGCAAAGGGAAGAGGCACUGGUGAGGAGUCCUUGCUCUGGGGAAAUGCAGCUGAGCUCAGCUGAGGCCAAAACAGACUUCCAGCUGCCCUAGCAGAGUCUCCCUCUUUGUGGCUAAUUCACCCUGUCUCAGGCCAUCUGCCCCGCUAUCCUGGCUUCUGAAACAGAGCAGAGACCAAGAAGGCUCAGGGGCCAGCAUAGGGGGGACACCAUAGCAUCCCUUUCCUCCAGAACGACCUACGUCCUGUCACUGUGGGCACCCUUACGCACAGCAGGAAAGCACCUGUGGCCACCAGGUGACGCUGGUUCUCUGUGUUUUCUUUUCUGGCUUCUUGAUUGUGGACAGAAAAAAAAUGCCAGCAGGACCUCAAGCCAGAGACACAGGCCAGGGGUGGACACCCAGGAUCCGCGCCCGCCCUUUCCCUAAAAAAAAAAAAAAAAAAAAACUUAGGAGGGAAAGAAAAGAAUGAGAACUUUUAAUUUUUUUCAGGAGCCACUCAUUAUGUCUGAUGGGCAGCAUGGGCGAGCAGGGUGGGCACUGUGGUGGACUGUGGUGGACUGUGAGUCAGGCUGGCACCAAUGCUGGGGCUGACAGUUGUCCCCUUCCCGCCCCUACUGUCAAACCCAUGGGCCAAGAGAACAAGUGAAGUCUGGGGAGAUUCAGUCGGGGGCACGGAGAACCCCAGUCCAGGUGGACAGACGGAAACCCUCACGUGCCCCACGCUUCCAGGGCCCAGGAGUCCGGCCUCCUAGUCUGGAAUCUGCAUUUCUAUGUGCUGUCCUCCUUCCACAGAGCUCCUCAACAGUCAGGUUGAAGCUACCGAGGCAGCCGAAGCUGAACCGCGGCAACAACGAAGAACAUCAGCUUGGGAGCGCGGGGAGGAGCGUUCUAGUCCAGGCUCUCUGCGGAUUACUCCAAGACCCUGAGCAGAUCUCC